AUGUGCGAAACUAGAAAGUCAACCCUACGCUAUGAGCACAAUUCAAAUUUAAAUUAUAUUGACAAUCAACAAGACCGGUUAGUUCCGGCUAUCCGAGGCUUCAAGAUAGCUUCUUUGAACAUAACAAGUCUACCAAAACACAUUGACGAACUUCGGAUCUGCAUGAAUGAUAAAGAAAUAGAUGUUCUUGCAAUUAAUGAAACACGAAUGGACGAUAGUGUGCCAAUCGAGUCAAUAGCCAUUCAAGGUUACAAUUGGAUUUCCAAAAACAGAAAUAGAUCUGGGGGUGGUAUCGGUUUUUUCAUUAGAGAUUCAAUAAAUUUUCGACCUCGAACUGACCUGAAUAAUCAUGAUAUUGAAAUUCUUACAAUACAAAUUAGUAAACAUAACGUUAAACCGUUCUUAAUUACAACGUGGUAUCGACCACCAAACGAUCCAAUUGACACCCUUAUAGAUUUGAGAACU